UUUCAAUAUAUAUGCUACACUAUAGGAUAGCACUAAUAGAGCAAAAAAUGGCUGCCAAGACUAUUUCCAACGAACACUCAAAAGAGCUACUAGAUGCACUUACACAUAUAUGGAACCAUACUUUCUCUUUCUUGAAUUCCAUGGCCUUAAAGUGUGCAAUUCAACUAAGCAUUCCUGAUGCUAUUCAUAAACAUGGCAAACCCAUUACCAUUAAUGAGCUAGCCAACUCCCUUUCAAUCCAUCCAAACAAGGCUCAAUCUCUACAACAGUUGAUGCGCCUUCUUGUUCAUUCCCACUUCUUCACCGCCACAAAACUUGUCAAUGGAGAAGAAGCAUAUUCUCUUACCUUAAACUCCCAACUUCUCUUACAAGAUCAUCCAUUCACUCAAGCAACUUUUGCACUUUUGGAAAUGGAGCAAGUUAUAACUGAGCCAUCACAUAGUUUUAGUGUUUGGUUUCGUCAAGAAGAUGAUCAUGAUGAGUCCCCUUUUUACAUGGCUCAAGGAAAGAAUAUAUAUGAACGUAUGCCUAAUAAGGCGAAAUUCAAUGAGUUGUUUAACCAAACCAUGGCAAACGACUCACGAUUGAUUUCGAGCUUGCUGCUGAGUAGUAAUGAGUUCAAAAGCUCAAUAGAAGGCAUUGAAUCACUAGUUGAUGUUGGUGGUGGUGUUGGAAUUAUGGCUAAGGCAAUUGCCGAGGCCUAUCCUAAGCUAAACUGUAUCGUGUUUGAUCUACCACAUGUAGUCAAAGGGUUACAAGGAAAUGGAAGAAAUUUGACGUACGUUGCAGGUGACAUGUUUGAGGCUAUUCCUCGUGCUCAUGCCGUCUUACUCAAGUGGGCAUUGCAUAAUUGGAGUGAUGAUAAUUGCAUAAAGGUACUUCAACGAUGUAGAGAAGCAAUUCCAAGCAAAAAUGAAGGAGGCAAGGUGAUAAUUAUAGAAAUUGUGGUGGGGAUCCCAAGUGACACUGCAAGUCAUUUUAAUUCCCAAUUUCUCAUGGAUAUGCAAAUGUUGUCCGUCUCAGGAGGAAAAGAAAGAACUGAAGAACAAUGGAAGUAUCUCUUCGACAAUGCUGGCUUCAGUGACUAUAAGAUCUUACCCAUUUUAGGGGCGAGAUCUGUUAUUGUGGUAUAUCCUACAUAAGCUUGGCAACAACCAAUAAUGUGUUGGUGUAUUAUCAUUAAUGUCAAUUAUGAAUUCAGUGUGAAGACUGAAGAGUGCGCAUGCUUGGAUUGAUGUAUACAUGCUCGUCUAAGAACUUAGAACACUAAUUCGAGUAACAAGAAUUGUUGACGAGAAAAUAAACGCAAAUUUCUAUUUA